UUGAUUAACGAGCUACUCGGCGCUCGCAGCAGAAGAUAGCUUUUUACGCUAACACAAAGCAGAGCUAUUUGACUGUUCUCUUCGGUUUUUUGUUUUCCUGUUGAACCCACGUUUCUGCGACUUUGUAUUUCAAAAUGAAUCGUUAGAUUUAAAGUCAUCAACGUUGUAUGAUCUCAGGGUUUGUGAUUAUAAUGAGCACAAGAUCAACAACGGACAGGUUCAGACAUGGAAGUGCCUUGCUACAUGCCCAAACUGCUGUUUGAGCUCAAUGAGCAGCGUAAACGGGACUUCUUCUGUGACUGUAGCAUCCUAGUGGAGGGUCGUGUCUUCAAGGCCCAUCGUAAUGUGCUGUUUGCUGGAAGCGGCUACUUUCGGGCUCUCCUGGUCCACUACCUACAGGAUAGUGGACAACGCAACAGCACAGCAUCACUGGACAUUGUGACAGCCGAUGCUUUCUCAAUUAUCCUGGACUUCCUGUACUCUGGCCGUCUGGCCUUGAACAGAAGCAACGUCAUCGAGGUGAUGUCAGCAGCCAGCUACCUGCAGAUGACUGAUCUGGUAAACUAUUGUAAAGGGUACAUUCGGUCAUCUUUGGAAAUAUGCAACAAGGAGAAGGAAAGGAACACAAAGAAGGAUAACCAGGCCCAGGGUGGAGGGAUUGGACCUGCAGACAGCAGGACUCCUGCGGCCACAGUCUCCAGCGGUGCAGCAGCUGCUGAGCCUCAUUCAAGGGUUGCAGAGGCAGAUAGGGGAGCGGGGAGCGGUCUGGCGUCUGUGACCUCUGUCCCUGAUGCUACAACUCCAGGCACAAGUAGGGACGUGGACAGUGACUACCAGUCCAGGGAGGGUUUUCCAUCUGGUAGUGAAGGACAGAAAGUACACCCAGAUCAGACUAACCUCUCAUCAUCUUCAUCAUCUACGUUAACCCCAGAGUUAGUGAACCCUAAGAUAGAGUACGAUCCAGAUGAGGAGCUUAUGGAGUCCCCAGACACUAAAGACCUGACCUCAUAUCCUGGGCCCUCUCUCCAUAACCCUAAUCAUAGCAGGUUUCUUCCACCUUCUCCCUCCAUUGAGCGCUCUCCUGUGGGAUACAGCUCCUCUUUUAAUGCUAGGCAGCUAAUGGAGAUGCUGACCAGAGGUGAAGGCUCAAGUCCUCUGGAGGACAGACUGGGGCAGCGCUUUAACCAAGGUCCCAGUAGCAGCACAGGAGGAAGCAGAAUGGAUGAUGGUUUAGGGUUUGUUGGGUCAUCUAUUAUGGAGAUCCAGACUGACUGGCUUGGAGAGGACACAGGUGAUGGCUUGGUAGUGCCAGUGAAACUCCACAAGUGCCCUUUCUGCCCGUACACUGCCAAACAGAAGGGGAUCAUGAAGAGACACAUCCGCUGCCACACAGGAGAGAGGCCCUUCCCCUGCCCCAUGUGUGGCAAGAGGUUCACAAGACAAGAACACCUCCGCAGCCAUGCACUCAGUGUCCACAGGCACUACUGGCCGGUGUCAUGUAAGAGCUGUAGGCGAACCUUCACUGGAGCCAGCCUGACCCCGGGACUCCGGCGUUUUGGACUAUGCGACAGCUGCAACUGCGUGACCACCACUCAUGAUGAUUCAGCUCCUGCUCACUCUGCCAGCCAACUGGAGCCCAUGGAGCGUGCAGACGGGGGUACAGAUUGGUCCAGCUUUAUGGAUGACGUAGACGAGGUGGAGGUUGGCAGAGUGGAGGACUUGGUUGAGAAACAGAUCCUUGAAAGGCAGCUGGCUGUCUGCACUGAUGUUGGUGGAGGAAAUGCCGCAGAGGAAAAGCAUUCCUUAAACUGUUUUACAGUCACAUGAACAAUUACUGAAGUAAAUUAUGACUGAGACUUUAUUGUUUACUCAUUUUUAACCAGAAGAUGUCUUUUUGACUGUUGGAGACAUCCAACUAAAGUGACUUGCUUUGUAGCAAAUACAUGCUGUGAUUUUUGUUGUUGUUGUUCCUUUUAUUUAAUUAACCAUUAAUGUAAUAUUGUCUUUGCACUAUUUGUUACAUUCAGAUUUCUGUUAAGAGAAUGAGACUGAGACUGAGAGAAUGAGUCAAUGUUGCUGGUUUUUGCGUUGUGUUUUGUCCAAAAAGAUCACAUUCCACUUACAAAAUGUGCUUUAAGGGCCAAGAAGAUGGCCAUUGUUGAUGUUAUUGCAUAAAUGUGUUGAGUAACUCUUCAUCAACUUUU